AUGCCGUUUCGCGAGGACUUCGCGAGCACCGGUCGGCGCUCGUCGGUCGACACCGACGCUGCUUCAUGCACUCCCUUCGCGCUGCCAUCCGACGGCGUGAUUAUCCUCAGCCCCUCGUCCACCAUCACGCUUACUGCCGACGCCCUGUUUACGCCCGACUGCACCGCUGUCCCGACCACCUCCCGCGAUGCCUCGGACGUGAUCGAUAUGCAGGACCCGUUCUACGCCUCCGUGGCCCCUCAGGUCUAUGCGACCGGCGCUGCCACCGUUAUCGCUUGGAUGCUCGUCAUCAUGUUACUCAUCACGCCCCGUACUUUCUUCGUCGGAGGGCCCGGAGGACGAUCCGGGCUUAUGGGAAGGCGUGGAAUGAUCAGCGGAGCCGGUGGAGGCGCAUCUAUUAUUGGCGUCGGGUCGCGGCCCUGGCUUCAGAAGGUCGCAGCAUUGACGGUUGCCAUUUCCAUGACCAUUGCCACGGCAGACACCUUUCGCAUUGCCGAGCAACAAUACCACGACGGCUACAUGGACGCCACGGCCAUCCGCCAAGAAGUCGUCGGCGGACUGGAGAUCAAGAUAUCGCGCCUAAUAUCCGACAUAUUCCUCUUGCUGGCCCAAGUCCAAACACUGAUACGCUUGUUUCCCCGGCACAAGGAGAAGGUGAUUAUCAAAUGGGUCGGUUUCGCGUUGAUCGUACUCGACAUGACUUUCAGUUCCAUAAACAAUUUCAUGGGACAUGAUAUCGGCCGCCCUCGACAAUUCAAAGACGCAAUCCCCGCCCUCAGCUACCUCUUCGAGUUGGCAUUGAGCAUGCUGUACGCCGCUUGGGUGCUCUACUAUGCCUUGACGAAACGACGAUACGCCUUUCAUCACUGGAUGAUGUACAACAUUUCCGUGGUCGCCCUUCUUUCUAUUGUUGCCAUUCUCACGCCUGUCGUGUUUUUUGCGACAGAUAUUUCGGAUUACAGCGUUGCUGGUUGGGGAGAUUAUUUCCGGUGGGUCGGCGCUGCCGCAGCCAGUGUCAUUGUGUGGGAAUGGGUCGAGCGUAUUGAAGCGCUAGAAAGAGAAGACAAGAAGGAUGGGAUUUUGGGAAGAGAGAUCUUUGACGGUGAUGAGAUGCUGGACAUCACGCCGUCAGAGGAAAUCAACUGGCCUGGCAUACGGCGUGAUGGCCACAAUAGAGAUGACCGGGGAAGUGGAGGUGGAGCAUUCUCGUCAGCACGUGGCUUCGGUUAUAGUGCCAUCGCCCAACGCAACAGCCGAGUAAGACAGUCUCAGUUUGAAGAUAGGAGCUACGUUCCACUGGGCCGGGUGCAUUCCCACCAGCUCGGAACAGAAAGCGGGACGAGGUCUGAGACACCCGGUUUGGCUCCCGGAGGGGGUCCAAGGGUCCCUCCUCCUGUAGCAACACCAAUCAGCAGAACGGACACUACCAGUGCAGAGAGCACUGUGUACAACGUUCGUUACCACACAGCCACCGAUAAUACGCCGUCAGUCACGCGACAGCAAUCAACAGCGGGCGAGCAUAUUCGUUUUGAUUUAGGGAACAGGGACCGCCGAGAUACAACGACGACAUUGGACUCUCAGCCAAUGGCAAAGGUUGUCGACCUGGAAGAGCAAGCACCGCCUCAACCUACCGUCACCAUGUUUGGGCGAUUCAGUCCUCUUUGGCAACAUCUCAACCCGUUCAGAAGGCGACGGACGACACCUCCACCCCAACUUCUAAGUGCGAGAGUAAUUGAGCCGCGCGAGAAGGAGCCGCCGUCCACCCCUCCAUCAACGACGCAGUCGGCCACGAAGUCACCGAUGCAGUCAACAACGCAAUCUUCGAGCAAACACGGUCUUUCGGAGAUGAAGGGUAAAAUCGGCGCCUUGUUCUCCGGACAAAGCGACAAGUUAUUGGAUCCUGGAGACGGUGGCUUGAAGGAUGCUGAUAUCCCGGUCACGGUCAUCCCAGCACAACCGCGGGGUGGCCGUACAUGGUCCCCAGAUGCCUUGAAAGCAUUGUCAGGAGAAUCGACGAACAGCCGGGCUCAACCGAAUGGAUCAGGUGAACAUGAGCGCGGAAGACAGAAGCAUGGAAGUGGUGAAAUCUCGACGGACACAAGCAGCUCCCGGAAAGCAGCAACACAAUCUCGCGGAGUUAUCGCGACAACUCCAACACCGCAUCCUCAAAUACAGGUGCACGAUUACGCAACACCCGGCAGCACAUCGGGACCAGUCAGUCCUUUGUCGCCGGUCGGCUUCGGCGGGCCGCUCCCAACGCCUAGGCACGAUAGUUCGCCGGGCUCUUCACGGUAA